AUGGAAAAUGAACAUCUCGAGAUAGCACUCCGCCAGAGUCCUCGCGAUGAGAGUCUCGCCGCAAAUGCUUCCAGCGGGUGGCCUUUAGGUUCGGAUCACCAGAAUCAUUUUGCCGCAUCAUCGCCGUAUCAUAACCCAGGCAUAUCACCGAGCUCCACUACGUAUUCGACAUUCGAUGAGUUCGCCAAUGAUCCAAGGUUCCUCGAAUCACAGCAAGAGUUCAGGUCCCUCCUCUUUACCAGCGCUCAAUCUGCUGCUCCAUCCCGUCGAGGAAGUCCUGUUCAUGAUUCCCUUUCGGAUCGCCAAAUCGGCGGUGCCUUGAGCUCAAUUAUAUCAAGUGGGAACCGGAUAAUUUGGCUUCAGAAUUAUCUCGACGAAGUCGCCCCUUGGCUCGAUAUGUUUGACCAACAACAAAUGUUUGGCCAAACUGUCCCUAUACUGGCAAAGUCAUCUGUUCCAUUGACAUAUGCCAUUCUCGCCAUUUCAGCACGCCAAAUGGAAAGAGUGAAGAAGUUGAAAGGAGAACAUGACAGCCUUCAGCUUUACCAAGAAUCUAUUCGUAGCCUGACACCGCAUUUAAUGGCAUGUGAUCCCAAUAUAAUGGCGACUUGUGUCAUUCUUUGCUGCUUAGAGAUGCUUUCAGCAGCUCCCAAAAAUUGGAGGAAACAUUUAGACGGAUGUGCAACCUUGUUCGAAUCGUACAAUAUUCAUGGAUUCAGCGAAGGAGUUCCUCAGGCUGUCUUCUGGUGCUACGCAAGGAUGGAUCUCUGCGCAGCGAUUAUCUCGGAUGGCGACCAUAGCACGGUCCUCCCACUCCAACACUGGACCCCUUCAGAUAUCUCAUCAUCCGAAGUCGUUGAGCUCUUCCGUUCUGCAGGAACCCCAGACAUGUGGGCCAACUAUGCCGUCUUCCUCGCAGCUAAAGUGUGCCAUUUCAUCUGGGUUCAAAACGAAAAUAUGGACGAUGCCGCUGCGCACAUGGACCAAUCGCCAUAUUCAACUGACUGGCUUGAUCUCUGGGCUGAAUUGCAAGCCUGGCGCGAGAAUCGUCCAGCAGAGCUCCUUGAAGUCAACCUUCGCGAAAAUGACGCCGAGCUUGACAGCUCACCUUUCCCAUUCAUUCUAUAUGCUGCUUCUUGUGCCAUCUCAUCGAACCAAUUAUAUCACACUGCAUGCUUGCUGUUGUUGGAUAUCAAGUCGCCAAAUAUUGAUCUAUCACGUACAGGCUCAAUCAACUCUGAUCUUUGGCACGCCCGCCGAAUUUGUGGUAUCUCAGCGACAAACGAACAUCAUGGUUGUCUAAAUAAUGCUAUCCAGCCACUUUGGGUCGCUGGCAGAUUGUUAAGCCAUCCAACUGAACAUAGAGCUGUUGUAAACCUGAUCAAAAGGAUCGAGGUAGUCACGGGGUGGGGAGCAACGUGGCGAAUAACGGAUCUGAUGGGGAGUUGGGGGUAUACAUCGAAUGACUUCAUUUGA